AUGGGGACCUCGGUGAAGUCGCGCGUUAACUAUGUGCUUCAUUGGUUUCACAAUGACUUGGGUGACGUAGAUCAUCAAAAAGCUGACUGGGUUAGCAUCCAUGAGCGAAUAUGCCAGCUGCUGAUUCCAAUCCGUACGCCUCUCCCUUUUCUCCUUUCCGAAAAAGAAAGAAAACAUGGCAUGGAACAGCUGGUGAAGAGGCAGAAAUACAUCAUCGAUCUCGCCCACAGCGCAGCCCGGGAGUUUGUUUCGGGCGGGAAGCACAAAGAAGCUCUGCCUGCAGCUCUGCACGCCCUGCGCUUCAGCACCGAGGUGUACGGCUCCGAUUCUGUGCAACUGGUGCCUGCUUAUCUGCUCUUGGCCGAGGCCUCCAUGGGUGUUGGCCAGCUUCUGCAGGCGUCAAAGUACCUCUCCCAAGCCGAGUGGAUUGUCCUCAGAACCCCAGACUGCAGCCUGGCUGUGCAGCAUAAAUUACAUCGUAGUCUGGGGCUCUGCUGUGCUGCCAAAGGAAACUUUGAGCAGGCUUUAUAUCACCUGGCAAACGACGUUUACCUUGCUAGUUCUGCAUUUGGACUAAAAUCUAUUGAGACCUCUGGCGGGUAUUUCCACAUGGCCAGUGUUUUCUUUCGCCAGAACAAAAUGGAUGUAGCAAACUCACUCUACACUGAGGUAACCGACAUCUGGCAUGCCUUUCUCCUGAGGUCAGUUCAAGCGCAGGAGCAAGUUCUCCAGUCACGACCGGAAACGUCUCCAUUCACCGAGGACAAGGAAGUCAGCAAAGACAGUAUGACUGAAGCCCAGCAAGCCGAAGCAACCCGAGUGCUGAAUGCGGUGCUGGAGAUCAGAGAGCAGGCGCCAGAGCAACAGCCUGGGGAAACGGCCAGGGUCCUGCAUGCCCUCGCCAUGCUUUAUUACCUGGCCCUGGAUUUACCGAAGGCUCGGGAGCUGGGGCUGAAAGCCUUGGGCCUGCUGAAACAACUGCCCCGGCACGAGUCCCUGGAGACCGUCGCUCGUUUGUUAAAGCUGAUUGACUCCCGGCCUGCCUGCCCAGAGUAA